AUGGCUGUGAAGAGUGAGCUUUCCAUGGCAUUAGUUGUGAUGAUGGCGGCGGCUGCGGUGGGUUUGGUUGUUCCUGAGUCACUUGGUUGCAUACCGACUCCGAGUGGUGGUGUGAAAUACCCAGUCGGAGACGACUUUUGGGCCAUUCAUCCAAACCCUGAUUACUACACAAACUGGUCCUCUAACCAUUUCUUCAAGAUCGGUGACUCCCUCGUUUUUGCAUUCGAAACGGGGCGUUACAACGUCCUGCAAGUAACAAAGCAAGAGUAUGAGAAGUGCACAGGUUACAAGCCACUGAAAGUGUUCAACACUGGUCCCGUGACUAUUCCAUUGGAAGAAAAGGGUGUGUUUUACUACAUCUGCAACAUCUCUACGUACUGUAGUCUUGGCCAGAAGAUUUCUAUUAAAGUUAACGAAUGCCCUUGCCCACUACCAAGUCCACCUCCGUCUUCCCCGCCUCCUGCUUCUCCAACUCCUGUUCCUCCGUCUUCACCACCACUCAUAUCAACUCCUCCGCCAUCUCCAAGCAGCCCUAACGGGUCCCAGCCUCCUUAUGUGCAGGUUACAAGUCCAGCUCCGUCGCCAGUUGAUAAUGGUUCUCCUGAGGGUCCUUCAAACUCUGCUGCAUUGAUGCAUAAGGGGUUGUUUGGUGUUGGUUUUGGGGUGCUACUCCUCGUUUUUGGGUGA